AAUACAUCCCCUGCGUCCUGUCAAUUGCCGCGUCUCGGGAAAUCGAAGAAAGUCCGCUCUGCGCCGCGCCGGAACAUCGAUCCUCCAUCCUCCACGAGGCAACUCCACCACGCGACAACGCGAGGAGCAAUCGGCAUCGAAUACAUUGCAAAUCACGGCUGCGCCAGCUCCAGCGCCUUGAAUAGGCACCCAUAGCUCAACCAUGAGCCACGAUCCUCUGCACACUGCGGCGGAUCCCCCUGGGCCGGCUGUGGCCUCCGAGAAGGCUCUGGCGGGCGACACCUCCGAGCAGGCAAACGGUGCCGCAGGUCCACAAACGAACCCAGCCCCCAGUCCAAACGCACAGCUUCCCCCUCCGCGGUCAGCAUCGCGCGGUCCACCAUCAACAGAGAAUCUCCAGAGAACAGGCUCGCGGUCUACACAGGGUGGCGAGAGCGCCGCCGCGACUGACGGUGAGCCGAAGAAAAAGCGAUCGUUUCUAAAUAUCCCUCGCUCAUCCUCACAAACGAACGACGAGUCCACCCCGACUGGAACAGGGUUGAGUGGGGCCACAGUGGCAGACUCGGAGAGCAUCGGGCGGGGAUCCAAGCAUUCUAAGCGCAGUUUUAUCGGCAAGCGGAGGGCGGGAAGCACUGCGAGCAGCAAACACUCUCAGCCGCACCCCGCGACAUCGGAGAAGGUCGAGCAAGCAGCCUCGGCACCUACACUAGAGCAACCCGAAAGCUCGACAAGAAUCAAAGGUAGAAAAGCAGGCGGUUUACUCUCGUGUUUUAGCUGCUUUGGUACGCCGAAAGAUUCGCAUCCUGUAGAGGAAGGAGCCCCAGAGAACGCGAAGCAGGCCGGCAAGGUGAAAGCAGGUCGAACUAGCCAGCCUACGCCUCUGAAAAAGCAAGACCCCAACGUAGCAGAAUCUAGCACGGCAGACUCGAAGGAGCCAUUUGACGAGAAGACGGGCGAAUCGUAUGGACCCAGCCGAGAGAAUGAGAAGCCCAUGCACGGCGACGCUACCAUGGACAGGCCUUCAGGAGAGACGCCGCCCAAGAUCGUGAUGAGGACUUCGUCAACCUCAAAAAAAAAUUCCCUAGAUCAGCCGCUCCCGCCUUUGCCUAAUCAGCCUGGCCGCCUAGAUACAGUAUCUAGUCCUUCGAUUGAAGUCCAAGGACCCACGCCUGGAACAACACCAGUCCAGCCAGAACCUCGCGUAUCUCAAGAGGGGCAGGAAUUGAUACAUGACCGAACGGCUCAGCAGGAGCAGAUGGACACCGAUAUGGAAGAGAAACACGAGGUGCCUCUUUCAAAAGAAGAGGUCCCUCAUGUCCCCCAUGUCCCCCAUGUACCCCACGACGGAGAGACCAAUGCUAUAAUUCCAGCUACUGGGAAAGAUACUAUGCACCCAAAGGUUGACUUACCUCCUCCACCCCCGCCUGAAAAUCGACGACCGGGCCCACAGAACGAAGAUGCACCAAACCCACCCCUACCGGACGCAUCUGAGAAAACUUGUCUACUCCCCCAGAUCAAGCCAGAGUUCAAAGGGAAGAAGUGUCUAGUACUCGAUUUAGACGAGACAUUAGUGCAUAGCAGCUUCAAGAUCCUUCACCAAGCCGACUUUACCAUUCCCGUAGAAAUCGAGGGACAGUACCACAAUGUCUACGUCAUUAAGCGACCUGGUGUUGAUGCCUUCAUGAAGAGAGUUGGCGAGUUGUAUGAAGUGGUUGUGUUCACAGCUUCCGUCUCCAAGUACGGUGACCCUCUGCUUGAUCAAUUGGACAUUCAUAACGUAGUACACCACCGGUUAUUCCGAGAGAGUUGCUUCAAUCACCAGGGCAAUUACGUGAAGGAUCUAUCAAUGAUUGGCCGAGACCUUCGAGAGACUAUCAUCAUUGACAACUCGCCCACGUCGUACAUCUUCCACCCGCAACACGCCGUCCCAAUCAGCAGCUGGUUCUCUGAUGCUCACGAUAACGAACUUCUCGACCUGAUACCCGUUCUUGAGGACCUUGCCGGACCCCAAGUGAGUGAUGUUAGUUUGGUGCUCGAUGUUGCGCUGUAAGGAUAUCUUAACCGCCUACAUGUUUAUGAAACCGGUUUACUACAUCUUAGGACCUUACCCCAACGUUCAACGUCUGUGGAGUCGGACUGGUCUGUCUCU